AUGAUGAGUUGUUGCUUCCAGACUGUGCUGUUAUUGAUAGCUCACCUGGUUCUCUCCGGCUGGGCCCUGGCUUCCCCCACAAUCCAAAACAGCUUCUUCUACCAUGUCUAUCUCAAUGAAAGCAGCAACAAAGGAAUUCAUUUCAGUGGCAUGAAACUCCAUGUGGAUUCUGCUCAGCCAUCAGUGUUUUCGGUCAGAGGGGAUAACGCCACCCUACAAUGCAAGUUUUGGUACGAGCCUGAGCCGAGCUCGCCAAAGGAGGCCCGGGUCAAGUGGUCCUGGGUGUCUGCCGCUGGGGGACAUGAGACCGACGUGGUGGUGGCUGCUGGCCCUCGUUUUCGAAGUUUUGGAGAUUUCAGGGGUCGUGUGCAGCUCCGACGAGAUUUCCCAGGAGAUGCCACACUUGUGUUGAACAAACUCCAGCUGAAUGAUACGGGCCGCUAUCGGUGCGCUGUGGUGGAUGGACUGGAGGACCAAAGCACAGUGGUUCAUCUAGAGUUACAAGGUGUGGUCUUUCCCUACCAACACCCUCGUGGUCGAUACCAUCUGAGCUUCCUGGGAGCCCAGCAAGCCUGUGAGGAACAGGACUCGACACUGGCCACUUUCACACAGCUCUUCCGGUCUUGGAAAGAGGGCCUGAACUGGUGUAAUGCCGGCUGGCUGGCGGAUGGGACAGUCCAGUAUCCGAUGACCCGGCCCAGAGAGUCCUGCGGGGGAGCCCGCCUCCCCCCGGGUGUCCGGCACUACGGCAGACAGCACCUCUACCCUAAUCGCUACGAUGUCUUCUGCUUCUCCUCUUUGCUCCAAGGGAGAGUCUACUACCUUCAAUCCUCUCGCAGGAUGAACCUGACCGAAGCUCAGCACGCGUGUCAGGACGACAGAGCAGAGAUCGCCAAAGUUGGACAGCUGUACUCUGCGUGGAAGUUCGCAGGCCUGGACCGCUGCGAUGCCGGCUGGCUGGCUGAUGGAAGCGUUCGGUAUCCCAUCACCAGACCACGCAAAAGCUGUGGUCCGUCUGAGCCAGGGGUACGCAGCUUUGGCUUCCCACCUCCACAGCACAAGCAUGGCGUCUACUGCUACAAGUUAGAUACUUAAAGAAUCUAGAUCUCCACCCUCUGGGUCACAACAUUGGAACAUUCCCCCUAUCACCAGCAACUUAACACUUAAUACUGUGUAGACCAGCGCACC